AUGGCUGCAUCAGGGCCGAUCAUCGUGCCCGCCCUAACAAGGCACACUGCCACAGUUAUUAUGGCGCAUGGAUUGGGUGAUAGCGGUGCUGGCUGGCUCAUGCUUGCACAAAAUUGGCGCCGGCGGGGCUUGUUCGAUGAAGUCUCGUUUAUCUUCCCAAAUGCGCCAGCGAUUCCGAUCACGAUUAAUUUUGGCAUGUCGAUGCCAGGCUGGUACGAUAUCCAGAAACUUGGUCGAGAUGUCUUCGUAGAAGAUUUUGGCAAGAACCAAGACGAGCCGGGAAUCCUCAGAUCACGCGAUUAUUUCAAUACGCUUAUCAAGCAAGAAAUCGACAAGGGCAUCAAGCCGUCACGCAUCGUGAUGGGCGGCUUCUCCCAGGGUGGUGCGAUGUCACUUUUCACCGGGCUCACGCAGAAGGAGAAGCUGGGCGGCAUCUUUGGCCUUUCCUGCUAUCUGCCGUUGAGAGAUAAGGUCCCUUCGUACAUCCCAGAGGGCUUCCCGAACAAAAUGACUCCGGUUUUUAUGGCACAUGGCGAUGAAGACCCUACGGUGCUCCUUGACUGGGCUGUAGGGUCUGCGGAGGAGCUGAGGAAGUUAGGGAUGACGGUGGAUUUUUAUAAAUAUCCAGGCAUGACCCACUCAGCGGAUCCCCUCGAGAUUCAGGAUUUGCAGAGAUACCUGGAGAAGGUAAUUCCAGCUGAGGGUGACAAGCAAGGUGCGCCUAAAUCGUGA